CACAGUUGAAUUACGUCAGUAAGAAUUUUGCCGUAUCAUUACUCAUUACAAUUAGUUAAUCUAUUUGGCAUCUAUCAGAUGUCACAAAACGUUGACCGGGUCGUCGACAGGGGUACCACAGAUAUGUACUCCAGAUUUCAUAGGAUGUCGAAAGAGAAAGGAGAUGAUUUAGAGACCUCCCUGACUGGUUCGUGUGUGGAGAUGGAGGGAGAACAGUGCUGUGAAGAUGAGGCUGAUGAUUCUGUGGAUCUGUUAGCGCAGGGUGACACAAACUCUCAAAAUAAUCAAAGAAUACAGGAAUUUAUUGACAUUCAUGGGAACUCGGAUGGAAUCGGAACACCCGUUGAAGAGAGUGGAGAAGUGUGUAAAAGGACAGGGGGUGCAACUGUGGCAGAAAUUUCUGAUAGACUUUCAGAUCAGCGAAUAGAAAGUGACGAUGAAUAUAUGUCUGCAGAUGAUGGGAGUGAUGUAGAAUUUGAUGAUGUGUGUUGUGGUGGGGAAAACAUUGCUGUUCAUGAGGGUGGAGAGAGAGGUUCUGGGGAUGGAAAUGCAGAAGGUGCUCAGGGUGAUGGAAGUGAAGUGGAGGAACUAGAUGAAGAAAAGGAAAAGAAAGAAAUUGAUGAUGAAGAAUGCAGGAGGAAAGUUGAAGAAAGUCUUUCAGAUGAUGAGAAAUUGGAACAAAAGAACAAGGCCCAGGAGGUGAAGGAGAAGGGGAACCAGGCGUUCCGUGAGGGGAGCUACAAGGAGGCCAUUCGGCUGUACACGGAGGCACUACACAUCUGUCCCCUGUCUUUCCUGAGAGAGAGGUCAAUCAUGUUCUCCAACAAGGCAGCAUGUCAAAUGAAACUGGAUGACAAUAAAGAUGCCAUCAGGAGCUGCAGCAAAGCCUUGGAGCUGCACCCCCACUACAUGAAGGCUUUGCUGCGGAGAGCUGAGCUGUACGAGAGGACAGAUAAGCUAGAUGAGGCUCUGGCAGACUUUCAGAAAGCAGUAGAGUUGGAUCCUUCCCAGCAUGCUGCGAGACAUUCCGCUGUUAGACUUGCUGACCAAAUAAAAGAGAGAAAUGAAAAGCUGAAGACAGAAAUGUUGGGAAAGUUGAAAGACUUGGGCAACAUGAUUCUGAAACCGUUUGGGAUGUCUACAGACAAUUUCAACCUUCAACAAGAUCCAUCAAGUGGUUCCUACUCAGUGCAGUUUCAGCAAAACCAACCCAAACAGUGACCAUCUGAUGCACCUAUGAAUGCAUCUGUGAAUGCUAUUUGUAAAUCUGUACAUUGUGUAAGAGGAAUCAUGAGAGGAGACCUAUUAGAAUGUUUUUACAACUGCAUAUCAGUCAAAUGCAUGUCUGAGGGUUGAAGCUAGUCUGACCAACGUGCUAGUUUUCUGAAGUUAAGGUACACUGUAGCACAUUGUAGGGUCUAUGUUUUAUCCCACAUAUAAAUAACAUACACCUGCAGA